CCGCCAUGAACGACGAUCUUGUGUACGUGUGCUCUGCUCUGGCCGUGUCAAUUUUGGCCAUCGCGGUUGUCCAGCUUCUGAAGGCGCGACAACGGCUGCCGCCGGGGCCGCUGAACCUGCCGGUGAUCGGGAGCGCGCACCGGCUGGUGAACGCGCUGCCGCACCGCGCGAUGCGCGACCUGGCCGGCGUGCACGGCCCGCUCAUGUACCUCCGCGUGGGUCAGGUGCCCUUGGUAGUGGUCACCUCCAAGGAGGUCGCCCGCGAGGUGCUCAAGACCCACGACGCCAUCUUCGCCACCCGGCCGAAGCUCAUGGCCGGCGACAUCGUGGCGUACGGCUCGACGGACCUCCUUUUCUGCUCCACCCCCGGCGACUACUUCCGGAAGCUCCGAAGGCUGUGCGUCCAGGAGAUCCUGAGCAACGACCGCAUCCGGUCGUACCAGGACAUCAGGGAGGACGAGGUGCGGAGCCUCGUGGAGGACAUCCGGGCGGCCGGGCCAUCGGCGCCGGUGGACCUCAGCAGGAAGAUCUACAAAUUAACCAACGGCAUCGUCUCCCGGGCGGCGUUCGGCAUGAAGAGCAGCAAAGCCGAGGACUUCGUGGCGGCCAUCAAGCACAGCUUCGUCUACUCCACCGGCUUCUCGAUCGCUGACCUCUUCCCUGGUUUCACGGGGAUCCUCAGCUUCCUCACCGGCCAGAGGAGGACCCUGGAGGGCGUUCGUGACACCAUCGACGGCAUCCUGGAGGAGAUCAUCAACGAGAGGGAGCAGAUCCUCAAGAGCGGCAGGUCAACCGCGUCGGAGAAGAACCUGGUGGAAGUUCUCCUGGGCCUCCAGGGGAAUGAAGACUUUGGUUUUCCCAUCACCCGUUCCACUGUCAAAGCAGUUAUCUUGGACAUAUUUGCGGGUGGGACAGAGACAUCCGGGACAUCCAUGGAAUGGGCGAUGUCGGAGCUGAUGGCGAACCCAAAGGUGAUGGGGAAGCUGCAAGGCGAGAUCAGGGCUGCGUUCGGCGACAAGGAGUUCAUCAGCGAGGCGGAUCUCCGGGCGAGCGGCGGCGUGAUGAAGUACCUCGGCCUGGUGAUCAAGGAGACCUUCAGGCUGCACCCGCCGGCGCCCAUCCUGGUCCCUCGGGAGAGCACGGAGGCCUGCGAGAUCAACGGCUACGUGAUCCCGGCGAAGACGAGGGUGGUGAUAAACUCGUGGGCGAUCAUGAGGGACCCCCGGUACUGGGAGGACGCGGAGGAGUUCAGGCCGGAGAGGUUCGAGGGAGGUCGCAUGGACUUCCUCGGCGGCAACUUCGAGUACACGCCGUUCGGGUCCGGGAGGAGGAUGUGCCCCGGUUACAACUACGGCAUGGCGAGCAUGGAGCUCACCCUCGUGCAGCUCCUGCACUCAUUCGACUGGAGCCUUCCGGAUGGUGUGGAUCAGCUCGACAUGACCGAGAUCGUGUCGCUGAGCUUGACCAGGAAGACGCACCUCAUGCUGCGGGCUGCCCCUCAUCGUGCACCGCUGCCUUCUUCCUAAGAACUGGCCUAGCGGCGCUAGUGCAGUGUCGAAGGAUGGAUGCAGCCAUGCCCAUGCAUGCUACUACCAGCUGCAGUUUAAUUUACUCCGUGCGAUGUUCGUCAUUCCGUGCGUCUUCAGUAGUUGCGAUGUUCGUCAUUCCGUGCGUCUUCAAUAAUGGCUGGGGUGAGGGUAGUAGUAAAAAAGAUAUGUUAGCAGUUUGGCGUGUUGCUUGUCAGUGGAUGUUUGUGUUGUACAGUAAUAUGUUCAGUCAUGAUAUAUACACAUGCCAGACGAUGUGUGUACCAGUGUGUGAUGUAUAUCCUU